GCAGCGUGAGCAGCGUUCGCCUGCGCUUGCGAGUUCGACCGCAGAGUUCGCCUCUGCCGGCAGGUUGCGCCGCCAUCGCCCCUAGCCUGCGGACGCCGUUGGCUGGCGGGAGCAUCCGCGACCCCUUAACGGAGGUCGGCGUAACCCCAAGAUGCCUCCGGCGCCUGCAGCUCCUCAGCGGCGGCUGGGUCCGUGUGUAUCCGGCAACAACAACAGCACCAACAGCAGCAACGUCCACAAUGACUCAUCCCGCCUUUUCCAGCAGAAGCCCGCAUCAUCGCCCACCACAUGGCGGCAGCCCGGGACCUCUCGAGAACCAGGCAAUAGGCCUCUUGUGCCGCGUGGUCGCCGUGGGCAAUGGCUCGGUGGAUGACAGCGGUGAUGAUCGACGGGGUGGCAGCGGGAGUAUGUACGCGCUAGCGGAUGACGAAGCGCUCAUUCCACCUUCGGUUGCGUUUAACGCGGGACUCGGGCCGUAUUCGGACCACGUAAUCCUUCGUUGGGCAAGCAACAGCGGAGGAAACAGUGGCGGCGGAAACAGCAAGCAUGGGACCGUUUUGUUGCACAGCCCCCCGCCGAUAGCUUGCGCGGCCUCGGUUUCUAGGGUGAAGAGGCCGAGACCCACCGGGGCACCCGGCGGUGGCAGCGGUGGCGGAGGCGGCAGUACGGCGAGGAGGGAAAAGGCCCACGCGCUGGCGCUUACGUCGUUUUUCUCGGCGCCCCGGGUUCUCCGCGUCGGGGACAUUUUCGGGGUUUCCAUUCCACGCCCGAGCAGCAGCACCACCGGGGGGUGUUGGUGGCAGGAGCUGCCGGAAAACGAUGACGAUGAUUCAGACUGCGAGGAAGGCACAGACCCCCCCCGCCCGGAUGAGCGCGGGUGGGGCGCGGGAGAGGAGGCGGUGACCGCUGAGGUGGCGCCGGCGGGUUGGGUGCCAUGCGAAGAUGUCCCGGAGAGAAACGCCGCAAGCGAUCGGGUUUCCGCAAGGGGUGGUGGACCCGGAGGAACUGUCGACAUGGGGUCGUCGGACAGGAGGCAGCCCACCCGCCCCCCCCCACCAAGGCGUCAACGCGAAUCUGCGGCUCAGAGGUUCAGGGCCGCGAUCGUUCGGCAAGGCUCCGAGCUUGUAUUCUUUCGCGUCACCGGGCUGCGGGGAGCGGGUACCCGCGGCGGCGAUGGCGGAAGGUCUAGUGAAGAGGCAUCGCUAGGGCUCGCCGCUGGCAACGACGAGAAGCUCGAGCAAGAGGGCAGCUCAGAGGCGGAGGCGGCGGGAGGCAUGGUGGUUAGCCAACGCGUGACGGAGCUGCGGGAGGGAGGGCCGGUCUGUUCGCCGGUGCCGGAGAUCUCGCGCUACCAGCAGUUUGUCUGCCGGGCGAACGGAUUCCCUUGCCCAGCGACCAAGCCGCCUUUCGCUUUGCUCCGCAUGGAGAUGUCGAAGAUCUCCAAGUGCAAUGGGGCGGUGCGUGCAUACAUAAAACAGUGCGGUUGGAGUGCAGUAGCGGGGCGGUGCCUGCAUGCACGAACAGGUAACGUCGCACGACACGACAACAGCUCCACCGACGAGCGCUGCGUGGAGGCGGUGGUUGCCGCGCUGGCCCCGGUCGUAGGCCCGGAGGCGUUUAGGCUGCUGGUGGUGGCCCGCUCGCGGCCCGCGGUGCUGCUCCACGGGCCCGGGGCCGCGCAAGGCGGCGGGAGCCUUGUGGAGGCGGCGGCAGAGCGGCUUGGGAUGCACGUCCGGACCGUGGCCAUGCGCUCGGUUCUCGGAUCAGCCCCGCAUGCCGGCGGUGCGGGUUUCGCGGCCGGAGGCGCGGCUGGGGCGCUGCGGCAGGAGUUCCAAGCGGCCAUGGAGGCGUAUCCGUGCGUGCUCCACCUCCGCGCCAUCACGAGUCUAGCCGCCGGGGCAAGGCAGGACCCCGGCGGGGAGGAAGCGGACGAGCGGUUCGUGGAGUCGCUCUCCGCGUGCUUGGAAGAGAUUGAUAGCGCGGCGGCUGCUGCUGCUGCUACGAUGCCGGGAGAAGGGCGGGGGUCCGGCCGUGUGCAAGAGAGAGGUCGAUCACUCCCGUCUUCAUCGUCUGUGGCGGCGGGGACGGUGGUGCUGGUGGGGAGCGCAGAGUCGCUCGAGAGAGUACCUGCGUCGCUUCGGCGGUGCUUCACGCAUGAGGUGCUGGCCCCUUUUCCCCCUGAAAAGCUCCGACUGUCUCUAUUGGAGCACCACUUGGGAGGCGUGACUACGGCGGAGUGCAUCACCAGGGAGGCGUUGAAGGGGCUGGCCAGGCGCCUACUGGGCCGCUCCGUCACGGAGAUUCAAACCCUCGUGGCCAACGCGGGCGGCGAAGCCUUAGCCCGGUCAUUCGGCGGCCCCGACGUGGACUGGCUCGCCAUGGCCGAGUCCGAGGCGGCCAAGGCACAACGCAAUGGAAGGGGCCGGUCGUCGGUCGUCAGCGGAGCAGCAGCCGCUGGCGGAGCGGAAAGAAGCGGAGACUCUGUCGGCGGUGAGGGUGGCCGCGGCAAGUUGGUGUUGACGCUGGCGGACCUCGAGAAAGGAGAGAAGCGGCUCCCGCCCCCGAGUAGCAGCAUGAAGAUGGGGUGUCCGAAGAUCCCACAGGUGAAGUGGGAUGAUAUCGGGGGUCUGGGGUCCGUGAAGCGCGAGAUUCUCGACGUGAUCGAGCUGCCCCUCAAGCACCCCGAGGUGUUCGGCAAGGGCGUCAAGCGGAGGGCGGGGAUAUUGCUCUACGGACCCCCCGGCACGGGGAAGACGCUGCUGGCCAAGGCCGUUGCCACGGAGUGCGGGCUGCCCUUCUUCAGCGUCAAAGGUCCAGAGCUCCUGGACAUGUAUGUGGGAGAAUCCGAGCGCAACGUGCGUGAGGUGUUCGCGCAGGCCCGACUCGCCGCGCCGUGUGUCCUGUUCUUCGAUGAGCUCGAUUCCCUCGCGCCGGCGAGAGGCCGAGGAGGAGACUCUGGAGGCGUAAUGGACAGGGUUGUUGCACAGCUACUGGCCGAGCUCGACGGCGCGGCAUCAGCAUCCUCCUCCUCAGGCGGUAGCGGCGGCGGCGGCGGCGGCGGCGGCGGUGGCGGAACUGAUUCCGAAGGGGACGACGACGAGAGCAAGGUCCACCGGCACCAACGGCAACGACAAGACGAGAGCUAUGAUGGUGACGGCGGCAGCGGUGGCGACACCGUGGGUGGCGACACGGUGUUUGUCAUAGGGGCGACCAACCGGCCGGACCUGCUGGACCCUUCUCUCAUGCGGCCCGGGAGGUUCGACAGGCUGCUGUACCUCGGGGUCAGCGGAGACCAAGAGACGCAGACAAAGGUGCUGCGAGCUAUCACGAGGAAGUUCGGGUUCGAGGAGGACUCGUAGCACGGGGUGGAUCUCGCCGAGAUCGUACGAGAUCGUAUCUC